AUGGAGCCACACGACAAAGCGCGUGGGGUUGAGCUGAGGAAUUCCUCAGCAGUUCCUUCUGAAGAACUGGGGCAUCCCGUGAGUGCCCCUGCAACAGCAGCAGCUGCUGCUGGUUCUGCUGCAGCAAGCACCCGUCCCGCUGGCGUUUCUUCUUUUGUGCCGGAUGCGUUUUGCUGCCUUCACCCAUUGGCGCUGGAGCAGCGGCAGCAGCAGGGAAGUGGAGAUUGGCAUUUGAGAGCUACGAGUAAAUCGGUUCGUUCUGAAGCGGAUUUGCGUCGUUGGCUUUCCUCUCCGACCCACACCCAAUUCCUCAGCUUCGUGGGACGCCUGGCGAGGCAUGCAGCGGGGAAGAAGACCCUCCCUAGUUUGUUGUAUGUAAAGAACAGCAACAACAAACCCCAAAUCCCCUCUGCAGGAGCAGCUUCAAUGGCAGCAGGAGCUGCUGCAACAACAACAACUGCUGCUUCUGCUGCAGACGCUGCGCAGGUGUCGGUACAGUCGGGCGCUCGCGAGUUGCUCUCUGGUUUUGUUCCUUUUAGUGAACUGCCAGCAAACAGAGCCUGCUGGGCUCUUGUAGAGGUGCUGCAGCAGCUGUUGAAGUGGGUAGAUGAAAUUCCUCCUCUCGAACAGCCAACGCGAUUUGGUAAUCAGGCCUUUAAGACCUGGUGCCGCCGUCUAGAGGAGGGGGCAGAACAGCUGCUGUCGGGCGUAUGGGCAGCUUGCGACGACGUCGAAGUGACGGAAACUGAAAAAAAGGAAAUGGUGGACAUUUUUUGUUCUUCAUUCGGCAAUCCCGUCCGCCUGGACUUUGGAACUGGCCACGAGUGUUCUUUUGCGAUUUUCUUGUUUUGCUUAUUUAAGAAAAAUAUACUGAAAGAAGAGCAGCAUGAUCCAUUCGCCGUGUUGGGCAUCUUUAAAGGCUAUGUGCAGGUUGCACAUGCGCUGCAGCAGCGGUACAUGCUGGAGGCUGCAGGCAGCCGGGGUGUCUGGGGAUUGGACGAUUUCCACUUCCUCACAUUUCUCUGGGGCGCUGGGCAGCUGUCGGAACAGCAGAUCAUUGAACCUGCGCAGAUAAUGGAAAGAGACCUGGUGCAGGAACUCUCUCCAGACCUUCUGUACUUCGACUCUAUUGAAUAUGUGCUGCAGGUAAGCUGA